AUACCUCUGAACGACGUAUCUUUUUCGCGACAGGCAAGCUGUAUCUGGGCUGGGUUGUGAGAGAUUCGCGUUCAGUGUGCAAAACUGUUUGGCAGGGGUUCUAUUCAACACAGUUCCAGCAAGCAUGGCGCCUUCACAGGCAAGCUAUGCACCUAACCUGGAGAAGUUCCUCAAGUUUCUCAAGGGACAGUCACUAGAGACAUCAGUUGAAGCAUUGAUAUCAUUGUUGAAACGGAAACAAAUCAAGGGGUCUGAGGGAUGUGCCACUGCCACAGCUCACAUACUGUUGCAAGUUGUUGCAAAGUCAAGGUGGUCCGACGUCGACCAGCUUCUAGAUAAUGUCCAGAAGGUUGGCGCACGUCUUGCCCAAGCGGCGCCACGAGAGCUCGUAAUCGGCAACAUCAUCCGUAGGGUCCUGGGCCUGAUUCGCGAUGAGGCCACCGAGGACCGAAAUGGCAAUGAGUUUGGCACAGACUCGGUAUCCGACAUCCAGAGCAUAUCAACGGACCAUGGUCCUGCACUACCAAGACUUGGGACAGUCCCUAUGCGGCCCCCUGCUGUGUCGACGGCGAGCUCUUUUCAUAUCUCAAAGUCUUUGUUCAACUUGCUCUCAGCAGCUGACCCGGCCGACUCGACAACUACCGGCUCGCCGACUACUCCCACCUUCCAGGGCCUGACUUCCAGUGUCCACUCUCUACGGUCAGAGGUCAUCGACGGCAUCGAAGAGAUUAUGGACGAGAUCAGCCAAGUAGCCGACCAGAUUGCGAGCUUUGCCGAAGUGCAAAUCCAUCCUGGCGACUAUAUCCUCGUCCAUCGGCCAUCGCCAACCGUGGAGAGGUUUCUCAUCAGAGCGGCAGCAAAGAGGCUGUUCACCGUCCUAAUCGCGAGCAGCACACCGCCGAAGGGAGGUUCUGAUGCCCCUUAUGCUUCCCUGAGGAAGAAGUUGAACUCUGCUAGAGUCAACACAAUCAACGUCAUGAGCAGUGGCCUCGUAGCAUAUAUGCCCAGGGUCAGCAAGGUCAUUAUGGGCGCAUCGGCAGUCCUCUCGAACGGAGCCAUCAUAUCCGACGGGGGCUCCGGGCUUGUUGCGCGUGCUGCCCGUGAAUUCUCCAAGCCAGUCAUCGUCCUCUGCGGCGUCUACAAGCUGUGCCCGGAAGUCACAUACGACCUGGAAGGCGCGAUUGAGUUGGGAGACUCCUCGAGCUACGUCAGCUUCGCGGAUGGACCUAUUGUUAACGGCGUCGAAGUCGAGAACGCGGUCUCAGAGUUCGUCCCGCCGGACCUGAUAGACUUAUAUAUCACCAACCUCGGACCACACACAAGAGAUCACCUGGAUAGCAUCAUGGCCGACCAUUACAAGCCAGAAGAUGUCGACUUGACCCUGCAAUGAGGCUGUAAUUGACCCAGGCAAUCAGGCGCAGGAUACCUACUAAGUACACUACAACGUACUGUGCAUACGUAGCGGGACGCGAAAGCUUGUUCGUGGUCCUGCAUUGCACCUUGAAAAAACGGCGACCCCGGCGCUUCGCCACAGGGAUUCCCAGGAAUAUCCAGGGAUGCAACAAAGAUGAGUCGUCAAUGAACGGGUGUUACCUUGUGAGCCCGUGAGGCCGCGUCAGCACAAAGCUCAGGCUU